UUUCAACAGAGUUCUUAUUAUUGAUGAAUGUAACACAAAAUCACUGUCUUUAUACUUCCAACAGAGCAAAAUACUUCGCACCCUCUCGACCAGAUAAGUAGCAAAGAGUUACAUGCACUACAAUGAUAAAAAACAGAGAGUGAAAUCACCUAAAAACACACACAUCGAAACGCAACGUAAUAAAAACAUAAACCACAACAACAGAGAGAGAAAUCGAAGAUUUCGAAAAAAAAAACGGAUAAUUAUUGAUUCAAACCCAAUCCAUGUGGUUGGAGUCAACCGAUUUAGUCAAAGCAAAAGUGAGCGCCAUGGCCACCCACCCGCCAACCAAAACCCUCAUCGACGACUUAACAACAGGAGCUUUCCCCAGCACGGCUCCAACCCAACCGAACACCACCAGCGCCAAGCUCACCGCGCCAAACAUCACUCCGAUCCUCACCUUAUACUCCUUGAUGAAAGCGGCCGCCAGCAACGGCACCAUCGCCCCCACCGAGAACGCCAGCCCCGACGCCGCCGCCGCCUGCAUGGGGUUCGGCAGCCCCUCCUCUCCCUCUCCCUCAGCCCCUCCGCCGCCGCCGCCUCUCUCCUGGUCCCGCUUCAUCUGGGCCACCUCGAUGUCGUACUGAGAGUAGACCGAGACGAACUCGCCGAUGGCCAUGCUGCAGGCCCCAGCCACCAGGCCCGCGAACCCGGUCAGGAUCAUGGCCUUCACGUCCUGCCUCACCGCCCCCACGCCCAUCAUCAGGGAGGCCGUGGAGACCAGCCCGUCGUUGGCUCCCAGCACCGCGGCUCGGAGCCACUGAGCCCUCUUGGCGUAAUCGAACUGCUCGUCUUCCUCCUCCUCCCUCCUCUCCUCUAUCUUGACGGAGAGUAUGGGCGACGGUUGGAGUUGGUUGUUGUUGGUGGCCAUUUUUGGGGGGAAGGA